AUGAUAGGUGAGGAGAUAACUGAUGAGGAACUUGCCCUUCUCCGUCAUUUUGCAUUGAAGGUUGAGACUCAUAUGUCUAAUGAUACCUUUGCUGCACUGGCCGCUACAUUUCCAAAUGACCCUCCUGCAUCAUGGAAAGUCACCAAAAAGCGUGCAGAGUGGCUUGCUCGAUUGCGACCUGUGAUCUACGAGUGCUGCAUCAACUCCUGUGUAUGUUACAUGGGCCCACAUGCUGACAAAAAACAAUGUCCUCAUUGUAAAGAGUUCCGCUAUCGACCAGAUGGGAAGACACCACGUAAACGGUUCACAUAUGUCCCUAUCAUUCCCCGCUUGACUGCCUAUUAUCGUAGUCUAUCGAUGAUAGAAAAACUCCGUUAUCGUACAACAUUUCAACCAACCAAUGGAGAGGUCCACGAUGUGUUCGACUGUCGUCAUUAUCAGCAGUUAAAGUGUCGUAAUGUCAAAGUCAAGGGGCAGGAAAUACCUUACCAAUAUUUUGCGGAUUCCCAUGAUAUUGCACUGGGACUUUCAUCAGAUGGAUUUGCUCCCUGGCGACGUCGGACAAAGACUUGC